AUGGCUGCGGGACGGGUAAAAGUGGUGAUUCUGGGACACUCGUUUAUACGCCGUUUGCGAGAUUUUGUGUUUGCAACACCGGAUUUUUACAAUUUGCGGCUAUAUCCUUCACAUUUCUCUGUGGAAUUUCGAGCAAGAGGAGGUUUAACGAUCAGACAAUUAGCAAAUUGUUCCAGUUUGAUAAACUUUGUGGACCAAGAUGUGUGUUUUCUACAAAUCGGUAGCAAUGACUUAUGUGAUGCAUCAUUACCAGUUAAAGACAUUGCCAAUGCAAUAACAUCCUUUGCCUCAUUUCUGAUAAUUACAGGAAAAGUGAAAAUCGUGAUUAUUGGCCAGGUGCUUUUUAGGUCAUCACAAGUUACAGACCCUUGGUACAACGACAGAGUCACAGAGCUCAAUGUGUUGCUAGAAUCCCUGUGCAUAAAUUCAGACACAAAGUUAAAGUUUUGGCAUCACCAUGGUUUCUGGAGUGAUCCGAGUAUGUCUCACCUAUCACCCGAUGGUGUCCACCUACAGAAUCCCAGAGAAAAUGCCCGUCCCAUGCAGAAAUAUGCUCAAAGUAUCAAAAGUGCAAUACUGCAUUGUGCCCGCACCUUCAUGCUCAGAUAA